GAAGCCAAAAUGGCCGUGCUCCCUGGCUAGAGAAGUCACUUGGGUCGUGUUUGGGUCUGUCUGUUGUGGCCGAGCUUCCUCAGCGAAAGACGGCGUGAUUGGGGCGAGGGUCUGGAAGACAAGAGGGAGUCGGAGUGACGAGAGCGAGUGUCGGGGGGCGGAGCUGAAGGGCUGCUGCUGACAGCCAGUAACCCCUUGCUCGGUCCCAGCCCCAGUCUCAGCUGCCCCUUCCUGGGCCCGGGGGCUGGGCGAGAAUCGGGGAGACCUCGUGGUGGCCCCCACUCCCUCAACCAGGCCAGCCUCCUAUCUCGGGCCCUGACCGGCCCCACCCCUACCCCCCAUCCCCCUUGUCUGCAGGCAGGCUAUCCUGCAGGCGUGGAAGGAGAGAAGGAGCGUCUGUCAAUGGGCAGUCAACAUGAAGAAAUUAACCACCUGGGACAUCCUCAGUCUGGCAGAUCUGAAGAGGGGAAAGGAGGGGCAGGCUAUGAUCGGACCGCCCCCCAAUCCUCUCAUUCUGUCCCACCUGAAAUAUGAUAUCAACUUCCAGCAUCCCCAUCAUGCUAUCUAUGCACUCAGAGCAGCUGCCCAAGACCGGGUUCCCCACAGUGUAUGCUGUGGUCCUCCUGGAGGGCACCAUGAACCUGACAGGAGAGAUGCAGCCAUUGGUUGAACAGCUGAUGAUGGUGAAGAGGAUGCAGGACUUCACUGAGGAUGUCAACUGUGCCUUUGAGUUCCUGCUGAAGCUCACACCCUUGCUAGACAAGGCUGACCAUAGGUGCAACUGUGACUGUAUCAACAUGCUCCUCCAGGAGUGUAGUAAACAAGGACUGCUCUCUGAGGAGAAUGCAAGCAGCCUGAUGGCCAAGCGCUUGAAUGAAUUCACGAAGCACAUCAGUGGUGAAAGCUCCAAAUCAGGGUCAGUCCGUGCACUGCUCUUUGACUUCUCCUUCCUCAUGUUGUGCCAUGUGGCCCAGACCUAUGGGUCAGAGGUCAUUCUGUCAGAAUCGAGCACCGUGGGUGAAGUGCCCUUCUUUGAGACCUGGAUGCAGACGUGUAUGCCCGAGGAGGGCAAGAUCCUGAAUCCCGACCACCCCUGCUUCCGGCCUGACUCCACCAAGGUGGAAUCCCUGGUUGCCUUGCUCAACAACACCUCUGAAAUGAAGCUGGCGCAGAUGAAGUGGCAUGAGGCCUGUCUCAGCAUCUCAGCUGCCAUCUUGGAGAUUCUGAAUGCCUGGGAGAAUGGAGUGCUGGCUUUUGAGUCCAUCCAGAAAAUCACAGACAACAUCAAGGGAAAGGUGUGCAGCCUGGCAGUGUGUGCUGUUGCUUGGCUUGUGGCCCAUGUCCGGAUGCUAGGCCUGGAUGAGCGUGAGAAAUCACUGCAGAUGAUUCGACAGCUGGUAGGGCCUCUCUGCAGUGAGAAUACCCUGCAGUUCUACAAUGAGUGCUGACCGGUCCAUGAGCAG